AGCUGGGUACUGGGUAGUCUUCUUUAUCCAAAAUAAACCUUUCAUUUCCUUCAUUACUUCUCAGGCCGAUCUCAUGGCAUCCUUCACCCCUUCAAAGUAUCCGAAGUAUAUGAUCUAUCAUCCUGAGAAAAUACGGAUUUCUGAUAUACUUGGUGCCUUGCUGUUUAGAAGGAGGUUAUCAGUGACCUCAAAUUUUGUUGAAAUUGGCCAUCAAGAAGAAACCAAGCCUGGGAUUUCCUUCUUUACUUUCAUAUCCCUUAUUACACUAAUCGUCGAAAAGAUAUUACUAUUGCUUGACAGACCUUUAUAUUAUCUUGGUUUCAUUGUAGAGUUCACUUGGAAUCUGUUUUCGCUUAAUGGUGGAAUUAUUGGACUGAUUUUUCGAAUCAUCAAAGCGUCAAUUAUCAUACCAAAGCGAGACUCUGUAAAUUUCCGGUCAAUAGUUGGCUACAUAGACGGAAGGAAGGAUCUCUACUACUACAAAACAUCCUCUGAUCUCAGUUUGCUGCCCGAGCAGGCGCUGUUGGACUCUGCCGAAGCGAUUAAUCCAGUACUAGAUCUUUGUGUAAUGGCUGCAAAAGUAGUUUACGAGAACCGAGCAUACGUGGAAAAUGUUAUUACAAACCAUUGGAAGAUGCACUUCGUCGGAUUUUAUGAUUUCUGGGAUGAGUAUAGGAAGAGCAAGUCUACCCAAGCUUCCAUCUUCUGCGACAGGGCAAAAGAUGCUCGGCUGAUUGUUGUGGCAUUCCGUGGCACCGAACCCUUCAAUGCCAAGGACUGGAUCACUGAUGUUGACCUUUCCUGGCUGUCUAUGGGCAACAUGGGAAGAGUUCACAGAGGAUUCAUGAAAGCUCUCGGCCUUCAAGAUGACAAGGAUUUUCAGAAAGGUUGGCCCAAGGAUUACGACGGAGACAAAGAAUUGGCUUACUACAUCAUCAGAGAGAAGCUCAAGACAUUGCUUGAAUACCACAAAGGUGCCAGGAUAAUAAUAACAGGACACAGCUUAGGUGCUGCACUUGCGACAAUAUUUCCUGCUAUACUUGCAUAUCACAAGGAAGAUCAAAUCAUGGAUAGAUUGUUGGGUGUUUACACCUUUGGGCAGCCUAGAGUUGGAGAUGAAGAAUUUGGGAGGUUCAUGGAGGGGAAGUUAAAUAAAGUAGUUAGGAGGUAUUUCAGAGUGGUUCAUAGAUUUGACAUCGUUCCAAGGGUGCCCUUUGAAGAUAAUAUAUCACAGUUUUCUCACUUCGGAGGAUGCAUUUACUACAAAACCUGGUAUAACGUAAAGGUGCUGAAGGAAGAACCUAAUAAGAACUACUUCGAUCCCAAAUACCAUUUACCCAUGUACUUUUACGCUUGGUUGGACAUAUUUCUAGCUUUGUUUGUGGGCAUCUAUGAAGGAAGAGAUUUCCAUGAGAGUUUUACUUCUAUCCUGUUCAGGAUUGUGGGGCUUUACAUUCCUGGGGUGUCUUGCCACAGUCCAAGGGACUAUGUUAACGAUGCAAGACUUGGGAAAUUAAAUCUAGUGAAGAAGUCGGAGGAUGCAGAGAGUCUUAUUGUUUAAUGAUAACCUUUUAUGUGGUUUUCAUCAUGUUCAAAAGUAUCUUUAUAUAUUUAGGUCAUAUAUUAUGUUUGAUGUUUUAAAUGAAAAAUAAAACAACCAAUCGACUGUAGAGCUCAAUUGGUAAGUUGUCUGGCUGUUUGUAGUAGAGAACUUGGGAUAAAAUUCCACUGCCACCCGAGUUUGGGGGAUGUUAUGGAUAUGGGGACCUGCCCCCAUUGUGUAGCCCUAUAAAGUAAAUGAAAAUAUAAGUUGAUGUAUUGUUUUAGUUA